UUUUAUAGGUAUGUGUCGCUGGAUAAGCUGAAGCGGAAGACCAGGCAGGGCGAGCCCGAUCCCCCGACGAAGCAUGUCGUCCAGCCGAAGGGGAAGAACAAAGGGAGGUCGCUUGCUGCUGUGCCCGAGACCAGGUUCCACGUUUGCAAGGAGUGCGGGGAGGAGCUGUGCAACGGGGGCUGCAGGGAGUUCCACUACGAGGCGUUCGAGAGGAUCAUCGUGGAGGAUAAGGAGAAGGAGGAGAAGAACGAGGGGCUCAAUCUCACUUCGCUGCUGGAUGGAGGGCUGGGACUCGGCGGCGGCGGCGGCGGGAAGAGGAGCGGCGGGAGGCGAGCGGGGGAGGCGAGGAACCGGUCGUCGCAUUUGCCGUUUGUGAGGAAGAGGAAGAAGAAGAAGAAGAAGGGGAGGAGCAAGGAGAGGAGCAAGGAGAAGGAGGAGGAGGAGCAGGCUUCGAAGACGGGGAGCCGCUCUGGGGGGGGCUGA